UCGAACUUCCUUUUUGUCACUCAUCUCUCGGCUCACAGGACGCUGACCACACCUAAUCUCAACCGACAUCUUGUAUUCGUAUCAUAUGCUGCGAUCUCUGAUUCGAUCUGGUCUUCACCCUCUUUCUCUUUCUUGCGCCAUGCAUCGCCGACACUUAUGACUUUCUGCCUGUCAGCCACGUUAACUUACACAACACGGAUCAUGUUCCCUUCGACCUGGACUUGCAAGGACUUUGGCAUUCUCACAGCGACCUUCUUGAACCCACCGCGCGACCACUUCACCACCGAGUUUUGCACGGGAUCGAUAUCAUAAUCGCAGCACGUAUAUCCUGGGAUGAGCCCUGGGCCUCGGGUGGCGAAACUUUGUUGAAUAACUUACACCUCACACACUGUCUCGAGCAGCCGCCACGGGCUCCGUUUCCUAUUCUUCUUCUUUAGUAAUCGUCAUCACCUUUCCGAAGCGCGGUCGACACGAUGACAGAUUUGGGGAUCAACGUGACGGACGCGGCGCUCCGUGGAGGAUGUGCUGCGCCCUUCUUCUCCGCUGCCCUCUACCCUAACGACCAAGGAUUUCUCGACGGUCGCUUGUGUCAGAGUCAGACUCUCGGCCCGAACACAGUUACAUGUUGCCUCCCAUGUCCGAUAACCGAUUGGGUCUACCCCGACUACUUCGAUACCAUGACAGCUGUUGCGAAUUGGAUCAGUGUCGCAGGAACCGCAUGCUGCAUCUUCCUCCUGCUCUCGUGGGCAUGUCUCCCCGUCGAAAACACGAACCGACACUACUUGAGCAUAUGCCUAACAACGACAGUCAUUUUCAUGAAUUUGGGAUUCAUUAUUCCCCUAGCUGCCAGCCCUCCCCAGUGCAUUAACGACAUCACCCCGCAUGACAUGCAUACGCUUCCUGUCUGUGGCGCCUCUGGAAGUUGUCUCCUUUUCGGCGGCUUCGCCGGAGUGGUAUGGGCCUUCUUACGAGCACUGUCUCUGCACCUGCAGAUCUGCUGGGACAUCGUAGUCGGCCGUUACUUUCACUUCUUCGCACAAGCCACCGGUUGGGGUCUCCCAUGCAUCGCCAUCGUCGCCUCGCUCGUCUUCAGUGGCGUUUCUUUCCGGUUCGGCGCCACCUGUCACAUCAACCACGAGAAUAGUUUUGCCGCCUUUUGGAUUCCUAUCCUCGUCAUGGCCGGUCUCGCCGCCGUUUUCCAGUUUGCCACCCUCGGCUACUGCAUCAAGGUCUACCUCGCAUCGCUGGCAGAUGAUAACAACACAGCAGCUUCUAGCUUGCCUUCCACCGCCGGCGUGAGCUUAACCCCCCGUCAGGCCUACCGACGUGUCCGUCGCGUGAUCGCCCUGCAGUGGAGGGGCAUUACCAUCGUCGUCAUCAUUAUAGCAGAUGUCAUCUUCUUCUCCAUCGUCUUUGUUUUCCAAGAUGUGACCGCACACGCUGUGCGCGAAGACCCGAGCGUUGCCGCCGAUUGGGUAAGGUGCUUGAUCGUAGCCCAGGGUGACAAGAAUAAGUGUUUGGAGGAGGCUCGUGUACUAGUUGUCAAUGAGGCGACUAUCUUGGCAGUGCUGAUUCUGCUCUCGAUCAACGGCAUAUGGCUGCUUUUCUUCCUGGGCCGGCCGACCAUGAUCACCGGCUGGAUCGACCUAUAUAGGACGAUUCGCAAGGGCCGCAGCAAUAUUGAUUUCGUAUCUGCAGAUGCCAGGCGCGAGAGCAGACAAGACAACCGUGCGUACGAGAUGCUUUCGAGAGGCUCUAGCACUGUUGUAACACCCAUUGAUGCAGUCAAACUACCGGUCAUACCGGACGAAGGACGGACGACGCCCGAUUACUUUGGAAAGACCGCCAGAUACCACGCGCCAGCACGUUCCUUCUCUAACCCGAGGCCGCCCCGAACCUCGCCGGCACUCGCCUCGUGGGACGCAGCGACAACGUACGCACCGCCGAGGCAUUAUCGCAGCAACAGCGCCUUUGACGACAGACGACCGCAAGAAUUUUCGAGGAUGUGAUCUACAUAAACCCGAAGCGGCAGACGAAUUAUUUUGAGACAAGCUCCGGCUCUCGAGACCAGCAGCCUCACGGCUUUGUUUUUCCUUUCUUUUUCUUACCUCAUUUUCUAGAGGGUUUUGUUUUGGUUUAUUGAGUUGUGUGUGACAAUAUGGCUGGGGAUUCAACCGUGUUGCACUAAUCGACCGCAGAAAGAUAGUCAGUCCCAAUAUCUCGAGUGCGGGUGGGUUGGCUGGUUGGAUAGACCAGUGGUCGAUAUAGGAACAGCGCCGGCGUCAGGUUUUUCUGGGCAACGCCCUUCUUUUGGGCUUGAAGGCCCUUCGAUGUACAUGGAACUUUUCUGGAAAACGGGUAGAUGGUAGCCACAACAGGUUGUGGCACAUGCAGGGGCACUACAUCCUCGUGGCGAGGGGAAGCUUGGGAACCC